GUUCGUCUUACACACUCAGACACACACGCUAUGGUGAGUGUAACAGGCUUUAAAGAAGAAAUAAAGGGUAAAAUGAUUAUGAGUGUCAAUGUCAUAACUCUUCAGGUGAGUGUUAGACUCCACAGGUGUGCGUGGAAAAGUUUCUCUCGUGGAUCUGUGACCUGACAGCGGCUCGUCUUUCUUCAGACAUGAGUGCGUCCCCGUCUUCAGGUGAGGUUUGAGGGUAAACAUGAUUCCACCUGGAGCUGACUCCACCUUCAAACCUCUAAGCUCUAUAAAAAAGGUCGAUUCAGUUUCCCCCUCUCUCUCUCUUUCUCCCUCUCUAAAAGUCUAAAGCAGGACUUAGAGAUCCGAUAUCGCCGUCAUCUCAGGAGGGUUGAACCCGCGGACACAGAGGCCCUUCUAUCCCAGAGAGCCCUGGGAGACGGUCUCGCUCAGACCCUGCUUGACUAUGUCCUCUGCAGGCUUGGAGGUCCUGGGGAUGAUCCUGGCUGUGGCCGGGUGGCUGGGGGUGAUGGUGGCGUGCGGCCUGCCCAUGUGGCGUGUCGCCGCUUUCAUCGGUCAGAACAUCGUCAUCUCUCAGGUGAUCUGGGAGGGUUUGUGGAUGAACUGUUCGGUGCAGAGCACGGGUCAGAUGCACUGUAAGGUUCAUGACUCCAUGCUGGGGCUUCCCGUCGACCUGCAGGCGGCUCGCGCUUUGGUCAUCGUCUCCAUGGUGCUCAGCAUUGUGGGUAUUUGCCUGUCGGUCGCUGGCGCCAAGUGCACCAACUGCAGCCGGGAUGUGAGCAGUAAACCUCGGCUGGUGGUCUCUGCAGGGGUCAUCUUCGUGGUGGCCGGGCUGCUGCUGCUGGUGGCGGUUUCCUGGACGGCUCACGCCAUCGUUCUGGGCUUUUACGACCCGCUGCUGGAGGAGACAGGGAAGAGGGAGUUCGGGAACGCUCUGUACUUCGGCUGGGCUUCCUCCUGUCUGCUCAUCCUCGGGGGGGCUCUUCUCUGCUGCUCCUGCCCCUCGAAAACAGCUGAUCACGGCUCUGCGCCCCCACAGGUGGACUACUCACGGGUGAAGACGAUGGCGGUGAACGGAUACACCAGGAGAGACUACGUGUGA